AUGCUUCAAGCUUCAUUUCCGCGUCAAUGGCUACCGGCAAAAGGCAACUGGAUAACCCAUUUCUCGCCAAUUCCAUCCUCUUCGACGCUAUCUCUCCACCUGUGCGGGUUCCUAUCCGGCGACGCCGUCCAAAUCCAGCGGGUCACCGGCGACCUGCAGUUCGCUAUUCAGUUCAACGACCGCAGAAAAGAGAACCUCUCCGGAGAACCCACAAAGAUUUCGGCUUUUCGUGGUGUAUUUAGAGUUCAGGGGGGAGAAAAAGGGUGGAUUAAAGGGAAAACGAGGCCACAUAAGGUGUUUGAUAAAAUGAUCAAGAGGUGGAGUUUUUUCAGGGAGGCCUUGCAAUGCCUGUGCGUUAUAUCUAUGAGGAAAUGGGGUGUGGUUAAAAGCUGUUUGUUUGUGGAAAAGAGCAAGAAGAUGUGCAAUUGCAAACUCUGUCAGGACAGAGAGAAGGAGCAUGAGGCCACGGAUGUGAAGGACUACACACAGCAUAAGAGGCAAUGUUUUACUGAGGAAUGAUAUUGAGCAUGAUUCGUGGUUUCUUGCAGAAUCCGGCUAAGGUUAUUUAUCCGUCCAAGUAUAAUUAAUAGACAUGUUUUUCUUUUAAACUCUCAUAUUGAGUUAUUCGUGUUAAUUUUAAAUUGUGGCGUCUUGUUUCUGGGUUUUACAUCAGUAGACGUAACUCUGUUAUGUUUUUAAUACAUAAAUAUAAGUCUUAUUAGAUUGUUGAUAAAGAGUUUACAGUACAACCCGUGAACCUAUCACGAG